AUGGUAAAAUCGUACUUAAUCACAGGCGCCAAUAGAGGAAUCGGUCUCGGUUUGGUAAAAGAAAUUUUACAAACUGAAACUAAUCAAGUUUUUGCAACAGUGAGAAAUCUUGAUAACGUUGCCGAUUUGAAAGCUAUCGAAUCUGACAGACUUCAUAUUGUAAAAUGUGAUAUUUCGUCCGAAGAUUCCAUUGAUGAAUGUUUCGAACAAAUCAACAAGCUCACAAAAUCAAUUGAUAUAGCUAUUUUAAGUGCUGCUUUGAUGGGGGGAGUUUCUGAAGGACCAAUGGAAUUAACAGACUCCAGAGAAUCCUGGAAUGAUUUCAAAAAUAAUGCCAUGCAAUUUUUUGGAGUCAACGCGUUGAGUCAGAUUUACCUCGCCAAUAAAGUUAUUCCUUUAAUUGAAGCUUCCAAUGAAAAGAAAUUGAUAUUUGUCUCAACUGGUCUAGCUUCUUUGGAUUACACUCGUAGAGCUAAAUUUGCUGGAAAGAUUCCUUAUUCCUUUUCAAAGGCAGCACUUUCCUUGUUGGAUGCAAAGUAUGGUGCUCAAUUGAAACAUAAAGGUGUUACUGUUUUAGCUGUUUGUCCAGGUAUGGUUAAUUCAAGAAAUUUUCCUCAAGAACAGGUUGAAAUUAUUUUUGGACCUUUUAUAGAAAUGGCCCAAAAGUUCAACCCAGAUUUUGAAGGUGUUAUGUCUAGUGAAGAGGCUUGUAAAAAAUUUUUAAAGGCCAUUGAAUUUUACGGUGUUUUCCAUAGUGGACAAUUCCUUAGUAGUAAUGGUUCAGCAACUGAUUUCUGA